UCUCAUAGACCAACUAAUGACAUUACCCAUUUGCUUCCACCUAAUGUUAUUAUUGGGGUCAACUGUGGAGUGGCAAUAUUAAAUAACGGAAUUCCAGGGAAAGUUUCAUCUCUAUAUAUAAUAAUACAAGGUAAAAGGAGAGAGACAGAGAGAGAGAGGGAGAAUCGUGCACAUCUGUUAGAACAUCACAAGAAGGAAGAGAAAAAGAUUGAAUUGGAUUUUAAAAAAAUGGUAACUUGAUUUUCCAAUGAAAAUCACGUUCACAUUCACACCAAACCUCUAUAUGGAAAUUCAAAUAAACAUUCCGAGUAAAUGGGUCCGUUUCAUUUUGAUGAUCUACAAUUGCUUUACGCCAAUUGAAAACUUAAAGCAUCAAUAAUUCGAAUAUUACCCUUCUGGAAUUGACGUUUCGCAUAUCAUCUUCUCUCUUAAUUAUUAUGUCUUAGUUGUCUUUGUUAACGGUACAGUGAUUUUGUUUUCCUGGGAUAAGAUUAUAGUUCUUCAAAAGCAGUCAAAGUCCAAGGGUUUCAGUUUUGUGCUAAAAGAAAUGGUGGCUGUGUACAACAAAGAGCUAUUGAGCUGGUACCUGAUCACCCUCAAGCUUAGAGAAACUGUAGAAUCUGGACUUCCCAGAACCUCAAAUUCUGCAAACUCUGUUGAUUCUCAUGGAAAACCUGCGCUGCAGCAGCUUCAGGAACAGAAGCAGAUUCAAUCAGAAUCCCAUCAUAUUGCAAUAGAAGAUGAAAAUCAGAAGCUUGAAGAAGACCCAGAAUCGCCGGAGUCAGAGUGGGUUAUUACCAUUAAGGAAAAGCUCGACCAAGCUCAUCAAGAUGAAGUUGAAAGUUCAUGGGCGAAACUCUGCAUUUACAAGGUCCCCCACUACCUAAGAGAUGGAGAUGACAAAGCUGUAGUUCCUCAGAUUGUUUCCUUAGGACCUUACCACCAUGGAAAGCGCCGGCUCCGGCAAAUGGAACGCCAUAAAUGGCGGUCGCUUUACCACAUCCUCGAGAGAACAAAGCAUGACAUAAAGCUUUAUCUGGAUUCCAUGAAAGAACUUGAAGAAAGAGCCCGUAGUUGUUACGAAGGACCGAUCAGUUUCAGCAGCAAUGAAUUUGUGGAAAUGAUGAUGCUCGACGGCUGCUUCAUGCUCGAGCUCUUCCGAGGAGCAGCCGAAGGAUUCAAACAACUUGGCUAUCCUCGAAACGAUCCGAUCUUCGCAAUGCGCGGCUCGAUGCAUUCGAUUCAAAGGGACAUGAUAAUGCUCGAGAAUCAGCUUCCCUUGUUUGUGCUGGAUCGGCUGCUAGGGCUUCAGCUUGGUGACCAUUACCAGAAAGGGCUCGUAGCCGAAUUGGCCCUCAGAUUCUUCGAUCCAUUGACUCCAAACGAUGAGCCAUUAACCAAAAGUAGCUUGAACAAAUUAGAGUCAUCUCUCGGAUCCGCAACCACUUUUGACCCGCUCGGUGAUCACGACGGCCUUCAUUGCCUCGAUGUUUUUCGGCGAAGUCUCCUCCGGUCCGGCCCGAAAUUAGCCCCGAAAGUGUGGAUCAAACGGUGGUCAAACGCGAAUCGGGUAGCCGAUAAACGAAGGCAGCAAUUGAUACACUGCGUGAAGGAGCUCAAAGAGGCAGGGGUCAGAUUCCAGAAGAAGAAAACCGAUCGAUUUUGGGAUAUCAAUUUCAAGAAUGGCAUUCUGCAAAUUCCGCGGCUAUUGAUCCACGACGGAACUAGGUCACUGUUUCUCAAUCUAAUAGCGUUCGAGCAGUGUCAUCUCGAUUGCAGCAAUGACAUAACUUCCUAUGUGGUUUUCAUGGAUAAUUUAAUCGAUUCUCACGAAGAUGUUGCUUACCUCCAUUACUGUGGAAUAAUAGAGCAUUGGCUUGGGAGUGAUGAGGAGGUCGCUGAACUCUUCAAUCGUCUCUGUCAAGAGGUGGUUUACGACAUCAAUGAUAGUUAUCUCUCCCAAUUGUCUGAGGAUGUGAAUCGAUACUACAACCAUAGAUGGAAUGCUUGGAGAGCAACCUUAAAACACAAUUACUUCGGCAAUCCAUGGGCCAUUAUCUCGUUGGUUGCAGCUGUAGUUCUUCUGCUGCUUACUUUCACACAGACCUUCUAUGGAGUUUACGGCUAUUACAGGUCCCCAAAUUGACCCACAACUCAGAAUCAGAACCGACCCUCUCUCUCUCAUUAAAAGUUUCUGUUUUGCAGUUGAUUGUUCUUUCUUCUUUCGAUGCGUUUUACCAGUUCAAAUUGCCGAUCGAACUGUGCUAUUGGUUUUGUAAUACACAAGUUUUGGUUUUCAUCAUGUAGUGGAUGGAGCUUCGGCUGCCUUUACAUUUUGGUCCCACUAAUUCAACUAAUGCAAUAAAUUCUAUUUUAGAUUCAA